AUGCAGGACUUAAUUUCCCACAACGACUGUGAUUUCAUCGGCUCUUAUGUCACCAACAACAACCUCCCGCUCGUUAUCGGUCCUUACGGCGUCCCUUUCCUUCUCAACCUCCCGGGAUCAAGUCGACACCGUGUCCGGGGAGAGCUCUACUCCGUCUCGGAUUCUGGUCUCCAACGCUUGGACGAACUCGAAGGAAUUACCCUUGGCCAUUACGAGAGGCUUCCGAUCACUUUGACGCCGGAAAAUGGUGGAGUUUCUACGGUGGUGGAGGCGGAGGCGUAUUACGCUCACCGGAGUUUCGCGGAGGAGAUGUGGCGAAAGAGUGGCGAGGAAGGGUAUGAUGCUUAUACUGUGGAGUUGGGGAUGAAUUAUGUGAAGAGGGAUUUGAGGCCGAAAGAUCGGAAUUUGCGUGAUCAGAUUGCGUUGUUUUGUUCAUCGGAUUGA